GAUACAGCGUUUGAUCACAGAAUGUUAGAAGUGUCAUUAUUAGUGAUAAUUGAUUUCGAUUGUUGAAUUGUCCGUUGAAAUCACAGUAACUGUCUACUUUGAAGAGUUUAUGUGGACAAAAUCAUUUUGCAAGUGCAGCUCUGCCAAGUGGAACUGGCGAAAGUCUCUGACUUCAAUAGUGUCUAGCUGUCAAAUUUCAGCAGCACUGCGGCGCUCACGUGUUGACCAUUACUAGGAUAUCUGUUAGUAUGAGUUGAUGUCUCCCCGAAUACCUUCCAGAAUAAUCACAUUUUCAUGAUGGUAAAUUUUAAUGGGACAGGGUCAACUCACCUGGACAGAUGGGUGUACAUCUCGCCACCUGACAGCAUGUACUGUCUCAACAGAAACUGCGUGUGGUAAAAAUUAAAGACGUAACAAAUCCAUAGGCAAUUUCUGGCACUUGAUCCUGAGAGUGCCAGCAUGCGUCGUCCAUUCAAGUACUUCAUAUAUGGAGGGAUCACAGUGAGUUUUGUCUGGGGAAUCUUGUUCUUUUUCCUAAUAAACAUCCAACUGGAUUCCACCUGGAAACAGUUCAAGUUCCCCAGCCAGUGGCCAGAAGGGAGACGACACCUUCGCCUCAAGGCAAGGGGGCGGGACGAGUGGAGAAAUGCUGGGUAUCCCGGAGAGGUGGUAAUGAGAGACAGGGAAGGGGAGGGGCCAGCUGAUGAUGACAGCCCAGCUAAAGUAGCGCAGCGCCUUGAGGAGAGGAAAAAGAAGACUUAUGACAUUAGAGAGUUAGGGAUGGUUCGGUCAUCUAAUGAUCAAGAUGUAAAAGACACAGGUUACAGGUUAUAUGUGUUUAAUCAACUGAUCAGUGACCGUCUCGGUUUCUACAGAGCAUUGCCUGACUUCAGAGCUCCAGAGUGUGCCCAGAAGGUGUACCCAGCCAACCUGCCUCAGGCCAGUGUGGUCAUUUGUUUUUAUGAUGAGGCCUGGUCAGUGUUGAUGAGGACCGUGUACAGCGUGAUUGACUUCACCCCACCGGAUUUGCUCAAAGAGAUCAUUCUUGUGGAUGAUAAAAGUGACCUUAGUCACCUGAAGGACGAUCUCAACAUGUAUGUCACAGUUCACUUUUCCAAGGUGAAAGUUUUCCAUAGCGCAGAGAGACUGGGGCUGAUCAGAGCGAGGAUGUUUGGAGCGUCAAAGGCAUCAGGGGAGGUGUUGAUAUUCCUGGACAGCCACUGUGAGGUGACAGAAGGAUGGGCCACGCCAAUGUUGUCAAGGAUACAAGAGGACAGGACUGUCGUUGUCCUGCCAAUCAUUGAUGUCAUCACCGCGGAGACGUUUGAGUACACGGCCUCCCCUCUGGUGCGGGGUGGGUUUAACUGGGGACUUCACUUCCGCUGGGACCCCUUGCCCCAAGCGUUGACCAAUCAGCAGAAGACAGAGCCAAUAGAAUCACCAACAAUGGCAGGGGGACUAUUUGCUAUCGAGAGGGACUACUUUUACACAAUGGGGCAGUAUGACCCAGGCAUGGAUAUUUGGGGAGGAGAAAAUUUAGAGAUGUCAUUCAGGAUUUGGCAGUGUGGAGGACGCCUGGAGAUAUUACCUUGCUCUCGCGUGGGUCACGUGUUCAGGAGUCGCAGGCCGUACGGGGACCCUAAAGGAGGAAACACACUGACCAAGAACUCUUUGAGGGUAGCCCACGUCUGGAUGGAUGAGUAUAAGGAGGAGUUUUUGAAAAGGGAACCAGCUCUGCGUAACAUGGACUAUGGUGAUAUCUCUGAAAGGCUGGCCCUGAGAAAACGUCUUGGCUGUAAAUCUUUCAAGUGGUACAUGGAGAACGUCUACCCUCAGCAGAGUGUGGCAGACAAGAAUGGGCGAGCCCCAGCUAUGAUAGGAGACAGACUCAAACCUAAACAAGCUCAAGUCAUUAGAAAAGGAAAGCUUGAACAUGAGGCCACGGGAAUGUGUGUGGAGCCAGUAGGCGACAUCUUCCAGAAGAAAACAACCCUCAAACUCACCAAAUGUCAGGAGAAAAGUAAACGACAGACCUGGUACGAGACUGGUGACAGCGAGCUGAAGCUAGCCGCCAGUCUGUGUAUGGACAUUGACCCCCUGUCUCAGACAGACAUCACUCCCCGCCUCAUGAAGUGCCGAGGGGAGCGCGGCUCACAGGAAUGGCUCUGGUCCAUACAGACUGGUUUUCAGCAAUUGUUUAACCCAGCCACAGGAAAGUGCCUGUCAGUCAUGAACCACAAAGUAGGAGCAGCUGUUGUCAUGGCGAUGUGUGAUAAGUCAGCUGACCUUGCAUUCCAUUUGGUCUAACCAUAAUUCAUCCCUGAAUGACCUAAAAUGUCACCCCGUAUAGAGGUAAAUAAAUGUCACAAAAUACUAUUUUUGGUGCUGAAACUGACAAUUUUCCAGUAGAAAACCACCCAUGUUCCAAGCAAACCUCAACACAAUUUUCUAAAAUCUCAGAAUCGGGAAAAAUAGGCAGGUUAGUCAUGGACAAAAUUUCUGGUCAUUUAGGGUAAUUAGGGGCGAUUUCGUGGAAACUUUCAUUCCAUUGCACUCCGUUAUUUUUUUUUUUUUUGUUUCCAGAAAAGGAUUGUAUUAGUGAAUUUCGCUCACAGAAAUCAACAAUGCAAAGUCUAUAUUUUUUGCUGUUGUUUCAUGUUAACAUGGUCUAUAUGUGAUCAAUCAUGAAGCCACAAUUAUUUUUUGCGGUAAAAAA